UUGCUAGUGAAGACUCCAAAAAAACUCCACAAAAUACCCACUAAUUAGCCUGCCCCGUUACCCAUUAACCCGUUAACCCGUUCACCUUUUUCAGUAUUUUCUUUUCGAUAAUUAAUCAGCAUACUCUGGGAGGCUACUUUCACGCAGCAGUUUGUUCCACCUCUUCUUAAUUUCAAAUUCAAAUUCCGAUUCAUCAGCAAUUUAUCAAAAAUCAGUCACCGUCGUGCCGCACAAUUCGUGCUACACGGAUCAAGGAUUGCAAUAUGCGUUUCUUCGUAGUAAUCAAUGGACAAGACACCAUCCCCGCAAUCCAAUGCUCCGCAGUCGACAAGUUCUGCAUGAAAAAUUAGGUUCCUAAAUUUCACAAUUAUGUUACAGAAAUCUGAGAUCAAUCGUCUUAAUCAUGGUCAUCCGGCUCUAUAAACAUUCAAAUUGAUGUUCGUAGAUUCUGCAAGAACUCCAGACACAUCUUCGAAUUCCGGAUAAAGUGCGAUUAACAAGAUAAAUAUUUGGAAUUUGUUUAAGAUACUUCAGUCUGUUAUUCAAGUGUAUGGAUCAUCUUUGAAUUCCUAUGCGAUAUAUGCAGUGAAUGUAGUCAUGUAUGGCGAUGAAAUCUGUCACAAUAUUAAUACACCAGUCGCAGGACGAAAGCGUUGUGGAGGAGGAUCAGCACAUGACGAUUUUUUACUUACCAGAUUGGUGAAGUUGCAGCAGCGGGGAUUAUGGUUCACGUAUGGGUCACAAUGGAGAAGAUGGUACGCGAGAAUGAUGCUUUUUCAAGAAACGAUCAAAGUAGUUGCUCAUGGAUUCAGAAGCAAAUGUUCACUAACUCCGAUGGUGAGGUCUUCUCUGCAAACUCUGUCUUUCAGACCGUAUAGUAUGUACCAUGUGCCUUGCAGUAGGUUCUUUUAUGUCAUUUGCGCUUUCACUUUAAUCAAUUGGUAAUAGAAUUCAUAGCUGCGAUCUCAUUAUUGCAACCAAGUCAAGUGUGUGCUCUUAAUCCGUCUCUCAGCUUCAAAGCUGUUAAUAUCACUACCCAAGGACAAAGAGAAUGACUCUUCUUCUGCACAAAACCAAGUGAAUCCAGAUACGCAAUCCAGCACAAGGACACCACUAAGCACCGUUAACACUAACCAAUUCUCUUCAAAUUCCAUUCAAAGUAGACUCUCAUGGAAUCAGAAUCAAACUGGCACUAACUCUGGUGAGCCAGAAUUGCAGGAGAUUCAGUUGACAAGAGAAGAUGAAAUCCUGAUAACGGGUUGUGAUGGUCUCUGGGAUGUGAUGAGCAGCCAGUUUUCUGGUAUGAGUCUGAGAUCUUUGUAUGUGGUUUUAUUUUAUCCCAGGGAAGAAUCGUAAGUUCUCCGCCUUCAUAUGCCGUCUCUUCCUUCGAUAAAUGAUGGUAAGUUCUUCCACACCCAUAUUAUCCAUCUUGCCAUUCUGUGAUGUGUUGAAGGCUACGAAAUGGUUCAUGAAAAUUUGAUUAGACAGGUUUUGAUUCAUGCAUAUAAGGUGUUUGAUUUAUGUUCUUUAUGAUUUUGUUUGAUAUUUUAAGAUCUUCUUACACCUUUAUACUCUUUUUCAUUCCAAGUCCCAUGUUUUUUCCAUUGUAAUCUCUCUUCACUUCUAUUUAUUUGUUCAGUUUUUUUCCAGAAUGGGGUAGAAAACUCUGUGGAGAUCUAUUGUAAACGAGCCUAUUAUUCAUCAUAAAAGGUAUAACAUUUUCUAAAUUCUUUUAGCCUACUCAGUUGUUUAAAUAAUGCACAAGCUGAUUCCGUUCAGCUGCUAAGCGUGAAGGACGUGGCCCAAGUUAUUGGUGUAGUGCUUAAUCAUAUUGUGCUUAAUCAUAUUGUAGUGUGUUGUUAGUGUAUAAGUUAGUCUAUAUUGCACAUAAAAAUAUCAGUGCAGAUUGCUGUUGGCGCUUUUUGGUUGUCUAAAAUGAUAAGGUUGACAGUGUAUGGUGUUAAAUAUAGCACUUGCAGAUUGAUGUUAUAUUAACUUAGAAAAUGACACCCGAAUGCAAUUGUUAAAUUAUCAAGAUAAUUUCAUCAAUAUUUUAUUUCUAGACUGGAGGGGUCAUAAUAGGUUCGGGGAAUAUGUUUAUUUGGAACCACAGCAGGUGUUAACAACAUCAGUUUCAGGAAUCAAGCGAACACACAAUGACAGGGGAUGAAUCCACAGGAUCAAAGAAGCGAAAUGGUGGCGCAGCACUUAAUGAGUUCUUGCAGAAUAUAGUUAAGAAUAUGCAGGCUGCGAAUCUAAAUACAUCAAGAAGUCCUCUUGGCACACCUGAUACUGAUAUAUCUCAUAACGAUCAAAUAAUCAAAAUCGAAUUUAUGUUGAUGGAAAGGAAUUCUGCGAUGCCAGAGGUUUAUGCCGUCGAGGUCUUGGACCUUCUUUGGACAGAGUGCUGGCCUCAAAGCAUGUGUAAUUCAUCCACUCUGUUCAUUUGGUCGUGGACCUUCUUUGAUAAAGUAUACAGACCAAGCAUUGAUCCAGUGAGCCAUCUCCGAAGACAUGAACUUGCCGCGAACAUAUCCCAACACGCAGCAACCAACACCUCUGUCAGUAGAUCUUCAAUUCCAAAGCGGAGAGGACGUGGACCGGGUGUUAACAAUGUGAUAAACGGUUUAAAUACUACAAAUGAUCAUUCCAGACGCUUGGCACCAGGUGUUACAUGGGAGGUUUUUGAUCCGUGCACAGAAAUGACCCUAGGAGUAUUUGAUAAGCAUGGAUCAUCAGUGAAGAUAUGUGAGUCUACAAGUAUAUGCUCCAAGACCAGCCUGAUUAAGUACAAGAAGCAUUUGACUAACAUGCAUGCUGUCAAGAAAUUUGUUCAUGAAUGGAGUCAUGCUGGCCGGAGAAUUUUACCUUCAUGUGUGACAAGCGACGAUGACGUGGACCAAGCAUCAGUAAUGUUUUAAAUCAAAAGAAGAUUACACGUGUAGAAACUCCUGAUCAAGCUUAUACUCCCACUAAUACAUCCACACACGAUAGUGGAACGACAUACGAAAGAACUCAACUCUUCAGUGCUAGAGGACAGAGAUGUACACCUGUGACAACAUCAAACAUAUAUUAAGAUAAGAAUACAAAGAUUGGUCGUCUAUCCUCAUUUGUUACAUCUGCACUGAGGACUUCAGAUUCAUGUUUAACCUCGGACAAUUUUCACCAUGGCUCUACUUCCGGGGUUAAAAUUUUGAUUCAGACAUUUAACGAAGCAGAUGAGCCUUCUAAUUUUGAUCAGCCGUUGUGUGAUGAAGAUGCUGCGGUGCUCCUUUUAAAGAGCUGCAAAUAUUGGAGAGCAUCUCAAAUCCAUCAGGUUCAAUGCAUGACGAUAAAGAAAUCAAGUUAUCUGGACAAGGCUUCCAAGAAGGAGAUGAAACAACAAUGGUUGGAAGGGUUACCUGUCAGUUGGUUCGCCAGAGAUAAAAGAAGACUGGUGGAAAGCCUGAAUCUCCCUCAAAAGCAGAUCCUAACACGAAGUAUGCAGUAGAUCCUAUGAAGCCUUAGGAUUAAGUAUAGGAUUCAUGCGUAUCCCUCUCUUUCCAUGCUUUACUGUGUCAGCUUUUUGACAUCAUAAAUCUUGGCAGUUACGAAAUGGUUAGAAAAAGGCUUCAAACCCUCUGUCUCUUUCAUUCGAUUAUCACACCCUCCUCUCUUUCUCUAUAAAUUCAUCUUCUAAGUCUUCUAACAUGUCAUUCACACACAGGAGGUUGUCCGCAUAUGAUCUCACACGGUUUUACUCAAUUUUACCGCGUACACAUGGAUGGCGUUUGCAUUGAUUCUCAAAUAUAAUUACUAAAAAACAACAACGCCAGAGAGAGGGGGGGAAGAGAGGGAGAGGUAGAGAAAGAGAGAGAGAGACAGGGAGGGAGAGAGAGGGAGAGAGAGAGAGCGAGGGAGGGGGGGAGGGAGGGAUUUCGGUGGUAUUAGAAAGUCUCAUCAGCGGCAUUGCAUCAGGAGUUGGUUCAGUUAUUUUAAAAAUAUUUGGGUCUCCCCUUGAUUUCCUUUAAGAAAAUUUUGCAGGUACCCCUUACUGAUCAAACAUUAUGAUACAAAAAAUUUGUUCCUUCUUUAUCUAAACUAUAUUGUAUUAAUUUGUAUGGACUCAAAGUUAUGUACAUCAGUAAUUGGGCGUUCUGAUGAAAAUAAUAGUUUAUGUAUCGUUUAGACGCUUUGUAAAAUUUCAUGUUCAUGGUUUGUGGUUCAACUCAGUAUGUUCCCCCAACAUGGGUUUUCAUUUGUUAUGUCGAAAAUUUCUGCGUUUCCCAGUAAUUAAUAACUAAUUGGUAGGAAGUAAUUGAAGUAAUAAUCUUAGGAAAACUGUUGACAAGGAUUAAAGGCACUAUGCAUGUUCAACUGAAAUGGUAGCAAUAACAGCAGGUAUCAUGAAAAUAAAUGCCCUGUUGUAUGGAUCAAAUGAUGUGAAGAAAAUAACCCUUCCACUUUAUCAGUAUAAGUGAUAUGUCCAGUAUUAGGUGAUGGUAGCAGGAUCAGGAUCGGGUCAGGGUACGAAAACAAAGGAGAGGAGAUGUGGUGCAUCCUUUGACGGUUUCUCUUCAGAAUUUAUAUAGUUGUACUACAAAGAAGCUGUUAUUAUCCUGAAAUAUGAUUUGUUCGAAGUGAAAUGAAUAAUUUCAUUACUUCUGAUUUUGUAACUGGCUAUUUGUAAUUUGAUUUUUAUGCAUGUGUUAUUCACAUGUUUUCAUGAUUCUAA